AUGGUUGAGUCAUGCUCAGGAUCAGGGUCAAUUCAAAGUAACAAGUUAAUUUGUAGUCCAUCAAGUCAAUCCACCGCCAAGGUUAAUAAUUCAUCCCUUUCGAAGAGAACCAUGGUCAAAUAUUACACUGGCAUCCAAGUCUUCAAGUUUACUUGGGACCAAGUUGCAUCAUCAUUUUGGCAGCGUUAUCCAAAUCCUUACAGUAAACAUGUCCUGACAGAAGACGUCAUUUCAAGAGAAGUCAUUGAUAAAAAACUCUACACAAAGCGGUUAUUAACAAAGACUAAUCCUGUCCCUAAAUGGGGUGAACGAUUUGUCCGUGGCCCUCCUCAGAUCUGCAUUGUAGAAGAAUCCAUUGUUGACCCCAUUGCUAAAACUGUCACCACAUACACCCGUAACAUUGGCUUACAAAGAAUCAUGCUCUUGGAGGAGAAAUGUGUUUACCUGACAAACCCUGAGAAUAAUCAUUGGACAGUUUGUGAGAGAGCCAUCCAGGCAUUUGGACUGGAGAGAUAUAAGAAAAAUGUCACUAAAGCCAACCAGGGUUUUCAACAUAUUCUUGAGAAGUGUUAUCUUCCGGAGACAUCUGAAUUGAAAUCACAGGGCAAGCUUAAAUUAAAACAGACCGCGAUUAAGGCUUCUCAGUUAGCACGUCACCCAGUCCUGUCAGCUGCCAGUCAAAUAUCUUGA